AUGACUACUCACGUCGAGGGUCGCGAAUACGAUGUCAUCUUCGCAGNNGGUAUUCACAGACAAUUCCACUCGCUGGUCUCAGGGCUGACAAACGAUAGUGGUGGUACUGCAGCGUGCGUGGCUGCUGGCCGUCUAGCUGCUGCAGAUCCUAGCCUGUCGAUUCUUCUGGUCGAAGGGGGCAAAAACAACUAUAAUGAUCCGACUGUUGUGAAUCCGGCCAUGUAUCUGGUUCACCUGGCUCCAGGCUCUCAGACAGCGUUGUUCUAUGAAUCGAACCCCGAAGAAGCUCUCAAUGGCCGCAAAGCCAUAGUACCAUGCGGCGGCAUUCUAGGAGGAGGAAGUUCCAUCAAUUUCAUGAUGUAUACUCGUGCACAAGGUGUGGACUUUGACGAUUGGGAGACUGAAGGAUGGAGUGCAAAGGAUCUUCUACCUUUGAUGAAGAGGGUAAGAGACCCACGAACCGUGCUCAGAGAACACAAACUCAUCGCUUCAGNNCUUGAAACAUACCACCUCACGGACUCAGACAUCGAUCAGUCAUUGCACGGACACGACGGUCCAGUGCACGUUUCGAAUGGAACAUAUUUCCAGGAGGAAGCCGCGCAAGAUGUGUUGAACGCUUCCAUCGCAACAGGUCACGAGGUGACCGCUGAUGCGCAGGAUCUUCACAAGGAUAUCAGAGGUCUCAAGGGAGUUGGUGUCUUCUCGGUGACUCGAGUGACUUUCGACGAUGACAAGCGAGCCAGCGGAAUCGAAUACGUUCCAACACCCUCAUCACAACCUGUGGGUGGCGUCAACAGCACCGGUCCCUUCCAGGUCACCGCAAGAAAAAUGGUCAUCGUAUCUGCAGGCGCGCUCGGUACGCCAUCUAUCCUGGAAAGAUCCGGCGUUGGAAACAAGGAGGUCCUCGACAAGCUCGAUAUCCCGGUGGUGAGCAAUCUGCCAGAGGUCGGAGAGAACUAUCAGGAUCAUCAUUUGAUCCUCUACCCCUACAAGACCUCCUUGAAGCCCACAGAGACUCUCGAUGGGCUGCUCAGUGGUCGCAAAGAUUUUGGUGAAGCCAUCCAGAACCAGGAUCCAAUGCUCGGAUGGAAUGGUAUCGACGUUUGCUCGAAGAUUAGACCUACCGACAAAGAGAUCGAAGCCAUGGGUUCGAACUUCAAGGAACAUUGGAACAAAGAUUUCAGAGACCGCCCGACCAGGCCUGUGAUGCUGACUGGCGUCGUCCAGAGCUUCCUAGGAGACCACAAAGUCCUGCCUCAACGCGAAGACGGCGAGCCCCAGCAGUACUGUACGAUGGGCGCAUACACUGCUUACCCAUAUUCUCGUGGAGAUAUUCACAUUACCUCGAGAGACGUCACGACGCCUGCGAGCUUCAAUACUGGGUUCUUCAAAGCUGAAGCAGAUGUUCAGAAGCAGAUCUGGGCUUACAAGAAGCAGCGUGAGAUCUAUCGCAGGACCGACGCAUACAGCGGUGAGUUAGACCUUGGGCAUCCCAAAUUCCCUGAAGGUAGCAGGGCCGCGUUGCAGGAUGGUCCCGUCGCGAGAUUUUCAUCGCAAGAAGAUCGAAACAAUCUUCCGGAGAUUGAGUACAGUGCCGAAGACGACAAGGCCAUCGAAAAACACGUUCGCGACAAUGUAAACACAACCUGGCACUCGCUGGGAACAUGUCGCAUGGCGCCGCGCGAAAAGGGAGGAGUGGUAGAUGCCGACCUCAACGUGUAUGGAGUGACUGGCUUGAAGUUGUGUGAUCUUUCCAUCUGUCCUGGCAAUGUUGGUGCAAAUACAAACAACACAGCGCUGCUUGUUGGGGAGAAGGCGGCCGAUAUCUUUGCCAAAGAUCUGGGGCUUGGAGAGAUUGGUCAACCAUUGAGACGCAUGGACUCAGCAGACCCAAGGUCGGAGAAGGUGUAA